AUGCUAUCACGCCCCGAGAUCCGACAUGCAUAUGGUGGUGUGAGAGUUACAGAUUACCCCACAGUGGUACAAAGGGCUUAUGCUAUUGAGCAUGAUCGUGGGGAGUGGAGAGCAACCCAGGCCUUGUUCAGAGGAUCCAAAGCUUCCCAGGGAUCUACCAGUGGCAAGAAGAGGAGAGGGGAAGUUGGUUCGAGUAGUGAGACUAUGAAGCUUCCAUCCUGUACUCGUUGUGGGAAGAAACACCGGGGGCCUUGUCUCUUCGGGCAAUUGGUUUGCUAUCUAUGUGGCCAGGCAGGGCAAGUACGCAGGGAUUGUCCACGUAGCUUGGAGGUCUCAUCUACCCCCGAGGUACAGGGCCGAGUGUUUGCUCUCACAGCAGCUGAGGCGGAGAAGGGGACCAAUACCAUCCAAGGUAUUCUUUCAUUAUAUAAUCAUGAUGUACGUGCUCUUUUUGACACAAGAUCUUCGCACUCCUUUAUUGCAUUGCAUGCUGCGAGUCAUGUACCUCAUCCACGGAUUGUAUUGCCUUUCCAUUUGAUUGUGUCCACUCCGGGAGGUAAUCAGUUAUGGGGUAGAGAGGUACUUUUUAACUGUGAAAUUGAAGUCCAUGAUAGGAAAUUACCAGGAGACUUGGUGAUUUUGGAUCUUAGAGACUUCGACCUUAUAUUGGGGAUGGAUUGGUUGUUGAAUCAUUAUGCUAAGUUUGAUUGCCAUCAAAAGAUCAUUCAUUUUGAGCCUCCCUUACAGCCUUCCCUUGUGUAUAGAGGCGUCUAG